AUGCCAUAUUUAUUAAAUUUUAUAUCCCAUAUUAAACAUGAAUCAUUGUUAGAGACAGUGACGUCAAUUGAGUCAAAUAAUACAGCUAUUCAACUUCCUUUUAGUGAUUGUACAACAAGUCCAGGAGAUACAAUUGAAAUUAUUACUCCAUCUGAUAAUAAACGUCGAUUGUUCGUAAAGACUUUAAUUGAUUCAGACUUACCUACGCCUUUUCAUGCAAUUUAUGUCGAUUUUACGAAUAGUAGAUAUAUUACAAAUACAGAAAGAUUCCAUGUUUUUCAGCCUCAAGAAGAAUCAAAUACCUUAAUAAAUAGUUUAGAUACUUGGCUUACUUUUCAUUCUGAUUAUAAUGUUCGUUGGAUGAUUAUUGAUGGCAUUUCGCAUGUUGAACAUGUUCAACUCUUAAAACGAUUACAAGUGAAAUGGAAUUUUAUUCUUUUAUUUCUAUCUUCUUCAUCCAAUCUUACUAGCUUAGUUGAUUAUCAAUUCAAGUUUAGAAGAGAAGGUGAAGUAGAUCGUCUUAUGCAAUAA